GGCCGGUCCACUGAGAGUGGAAGGGGCGUCGGAGCCGGGCCCGGGCCGGGCGGUGGAGACAUGACUUCCCGCAGGUGGUUUCACCCCAACAUCAGUGGGCUGGAGGCUGAGAAGCUCCUUCUCACCCGAGGCGUCCAUGGCAGCUUUCUGGCCCGGCCCAGCAAGAGCAACCCUGGGGACUUUACCCUCUCCGUCAGGAGGAACGAGGAGGUGACCCACAUUAAAAUCCAGAACUCGGGGGACUACUAUGACCUGUAUGGGGGUGAGAAGUUUGCCACACUGGCUGAGUUGGUACAGUACUACACAGAACAGCAUGGCCUGCUGCGGGAGAAGAAUGGGGAUGUCAUCGAGCUCAGAUACCCACUCAACUGCCAAGACCCAACUUCCGAGAGGUGGUACCAUGGACACCUCUUUGGCAAGGAGGCAGAGAAGCUGCUGACUGAGAAGGGCAAACCUGGGAGCUUCUUGGUACGAGAGAGUCAGAGCAAGCCUGGGGACUUUGUGCUCUCUGUCCUCACCCAGGAGCUGGACAAGCUGGAUGGCGGUGACCGCCGGCCCCGGGUCACCCACGUCAUGAUCCGCUUCCAGGCGGACGGCAAGUACGACGUGGGUGGAGGGGAGCGAUUUGACACCCUCACGGACCUCGUGGAACACUAUAAGAAGAACCCCAUGGUGGAGAAGUCAGGGGCCGUCGUGCACCUCAAACAGCCAUUUAAUGCCACCAGGAUAAAUGCUGCCAACAUUGAGAACCGUGUCCGAGAGCUGAACAAGAUGGCAGACCAGAGCGAGAAGGCCAAACAGGGAUUCUGGGAGGAGUUUGAGAUGCUUCAGCAGCAGGAGUGUAAGCUCUUGUACCCCCGGAAGGAGGGACAGCGCCCAGAGAACAAGGCCAAAAACCGCUACAAGAACAUUCUCCCCUUCGAUACCACCCGUGUGACCCUUCGAGAGGUGGAUGGGAGUGUGCCAGGAGCUGACUACAUAAAUGCCAACUACAUCAAGAGCAUCCCAGAGGAUGGCCAGAGCCAGGAACCUUCGAAGGUGUACAUAGCGACCCAGGGCUGCCUGCAGACCACAGUCAAUGACUUCUGGGCUAUGGUGUACCAAGAGAACACGCAUGUCAUCGUCAUGACAACCAAGGAGAUGGAGCGAGGACGGAACAAGUGUUUCCGCUACUGGCCGGAUCAGCACUGUACCAAGGACUACGGCUGUGUGCGCGUGCGCCAUGUCUCCGAGAGGGAGGCUCAAGGAUACUAUGUGCGGGAGCUGGAGAUGGGGCGUACGGACAGGGAGGAGCAGCCGAGGAAGGUGACGCACUACCAGUACUUCAGCUGGCCAGACCACGGGGUCCCCACGGAGCCUGGGGGUGUCCUCAGUUUCCUGGAUCAGGUGAACCAGGCCCAGAGCAGCGUCCCGGGCUCUGGACCCAUCGUGGUACAUUGCAGCGCUGGCAUCGGACGCACGGGCACCAUCAUCGUGAUUGACAUCCUGGUGGACACGAUUCGCCGACAGGGUAUGGUCACUCCCCAGCUCCCAGUCCUCCCAUGUUCCCUCCGGGUCCCAAGCUUCAUGGCAGCCCGGCAGCGUUUACCAAGCUCCUACUGUUUGUUCAACCCCGUGCUGGACUCUGGAGGAGUGCAGUAGAGAUGGUCUAGAUGAGGCAAGACCCACCCCACAGCUGCGAAGGAAGGGGGCAGAGUGAACAGAGGGGUAGGAGAAUUGGCCGCCAUGCUGUUCUCCAUCGGUCCCAUGCCUUUGCACAGGCGGACUCUCGUGCCUAGAAUCCUCUCCUUCCUCAUCUUCCUCUAGAAUCCAAUCCUUCCUUUCCUUCAAGGCUCAGCUCAAGGAUUACCUCCUACAUCCUCACCUUCCUCGUCAUAGCUUGGCAUUUCUAGAGUGCUUUAAGCUUCAUAAGGUGGUUUACAAACAUGAUCUCACUGGAACCAAACCACAACCCUGGGAAGAGGGUGCUAUUAUUAUUGCCAAUUUGUAAACGAGGAAACGGAGUCAGGCAGAGGUUAUGUGACUUGUCCAGGGUCGUACAGCUAGUAAGAUUUCAAAGACUCUGGACCCAGCCCUCUAUUCAAUGAGUCACCUAACUGACUGAAGAUGCAUCGUUCAGAGUCUCCAGAAGAGAACUAGCUCGGAUCUGAAUGAAGGAAAAGGUGAAGAGAACCACAACUGACCCAUGGGAAACAGCCAUAUUAGAGGGCCAGGA